ACAGUCUGCAAAAUUCCACUGUCUGACAUGAUAUCUGAUCAGUUUAACUGUGCGGCAGGGGCACCAAUCCCUGAAAGAUUGAUCUGCAACAAUAUCGCAGACUGUAUCGAUGGAUCUGACGAAUUGCCACAAGUAUGUGAAAAUAAUCCAGGGGAACUGGAGAAACGCUUUCGGGGAAAUUGUACUGGGGAGACGGAUAUCGAGUGCCUUCCUGGGGAAUGUGUGUCGAAUUCGGCAAAGUGUAAUAAUGUGGUCGACUGCUCCAACGGUCGGGAUGAAUCGUUGGAGGUCUGUAUGCAAUACUGCACAGACAACAAAUGCUUCCAGUGCGCCAACGGAGUUUUGGUGGACAGCAAGCAUCUGUGCGAUAACAAGAUGGAUUGCUUAGAUGGAUCCGACGAGUUGUUCAAUGUUUGUGAUGGAGCAAUUAACUGGACAAAGCUGCCUCCUGCGGUCUGCUAUGAGACAUUGGAACUCAGGUUCACCAACAGGACCAUCUUCCAAAUGAAAAACUCCCAACGCUUCGUGUAUGCCAAUCAACCGGCGGAAGUUCAAUGUUGGAACUCUGAACGAAAGACCUGGAAUGUGUGCAUGAGCAAUGGGUUUUGGCGAGAUGAAUUCCCACUGUGCGUGAAAAAACUGAUCAACAGGAACCCCAAAACGAAUGGCACUUAUGGCUGUCCUAUAAAUUGGUAUAACAACGAAACAAUGGUUAUUUGGGACGAAGAUAAGGAAAUCUCAGUCUUACCGCCUAUUCAAGCCUCAAGAGUGACGUUCAAAUGCAAAGAUGAUUUAACUUUUUUGCCAUACGAGUUCAAGGACGUUCCGAUUACAUGCCAGUCAAAUAAAACGUGGAUCGAAAAGGACUUUCACCCCCGCUGUACAAAACACUGCAGUCCAGAGCAGAUCUCAGAGAUGUACAGCCUUACACCGAGAUGCUACAAUGGGGAGAGUGGAUCACCGUUUAACUGCCGAGACAAGUACUCACUGAUUCCAGAUACCCACGUCAAAUUCGAAUGUGCCAGUGGAUUUACGCACAAGGCCUCGGAGCCGAUGUCGGUGAAGUGCACCGAGGAUGGAGAGUGGGAGGGUCUUAGGGACUUGUGUGAAAAGCAAGAUAAACUGUGUAACUACGAGUGCAAUCACAGACUCAAUUACUCCGAGAUAACAUUAAGUAAAGGAGGAGAUCCAACGGACUCGCUAAGAGCCUCCUGGGUAGUACCCAUUUACAAGUUGAACAGCACGACAAUCAAGUUCGAAUUUGCUUGUACCGGAAAUUUGAUUCGUCUGGAUAUCGUACUGACCGCGGCCCACUGCAUGAAUGACCGUGAAUACAAACCUGACGACUUUCUAGUUGGUCCCUCUGGCAACCGAUCCUCAUUGGUCGUUGACCGCGAGCACCUGCAUAAGGUUAGAAGGCUAGACGUAUACGGCGCCUACAACAGGGUCAACCAUGUGUAUGAUAUUGGGAUUAUAUUCCUGGAAAAGCGAAUGGAUUUCAGGCAAGAUCAAAGGAUCGUCUGCCUGCCGUAUAACAUAGGUUCCCACUUGGAUUUAAAGGGUGAUGCUAUGAUAACGUCCUGGAACUCCCAUGGCCACCUGUCGACAGUUUAUGGCCGGUUAAGCAAACCCAAGAAUGGUGACCUAAACGUGGUCUUAAAUGAUGAAUACACUCUGUGCAAGGGCGACAGUGGUAGCGGAGUUAUCACGACUUGCGGCUUGGACAAUCACAAGUGCCUGGUGGCUGUGAUUAGUCGAAAUGUGGGAUCUGGCGACCAUGGUACAUUUUGUAGUAAUAACGUUACUGCGGCCUCUCUCAUAUCGCCACACUUGGAGGACUAUAUCCAGCAGCUUAUCCGCAAUAAUAUAAACUGUCCGGAAUAACGGAAUUAUAAAAUUUCCUGCUUUGGAAAACUGUUAAAAGUUCAAAAUUAGUUUUGAAAUAAUGGCUAAAAAUACAGGGACAGAUUGGUUUAAGAACGCGGUAGAUGUUUAUCGAUG